GAGACAUGCCUUGUCGCUUGCUAUGCCCCCUGGUGGGAGGAGCAUCAGCAGCCCUAUCCGCCAACAGAAACGUUGAAUCUGACCCAGGGAAGACCGAUGUUUUCAUACGAACAAAAGACGCGUUAGGCAGACGAUUGCUGCGUUCUCCCCGAUAGGUGGCGGUGGGUUGGGGGUGGGAAUGUUGUGUGCGUCGUCAGCGAUAUCUGGACAUAAACGGGACUCACUUCCGUAUCACCCCGGAGAAGUUUCAUUCAAAUUAGUUCAUUUGAUGACAAUUAAAAUCGCGAUGGCACUCAGCACCCACAGCUUCAUUGAUCUUAACACCCUCGACAAUUAAUCGUCUGUGAAUGAAGUCACUUAUCACCACGACUAUAAUCACUAAACGAGCCUAGGUGUUCUGCACUGCAAAUCUAAAGUCGAUGAGAGGAGAGGUGUUGUGUGUACUCAGUGUGAACCUCGGGCCUGCGACCGUGCUAAAGUAGCCUCUUAAUCCAUCCAUUGUGCGCUGCAGGCGGGGAAGCUCGAGAGCGCGGAGAGUGAAUGGCUUGAAAGAACUUGGGAACAGUUUUCAAGAGUGGAUCGUCUUUCCCCAGGUCAGAGGCACACGCUCGUCAUGAAAAAAGUGUUGAUAUUGUGUUAGUCCCAGAGUUAAGUCAUGCUUAACCAGAGCAGAAACAGUUUCUCAGGCAUCAAGCACUGGUCAUUGUGGAGGUUGUUACUGCUGCAGCUGUGCACAUCUUCAUUUCUUUUGGAAUUGUCCUCAACACCGGUGCUGGCCGUCACCUUGCCCGUUGCCAUGUCCCCUCUGCACCCAAAACAUCUCCUUACGGUAGUCCACGACGCCGACACACUUGGGGCUGAAGUCCCAGAUUCAGUCUCCGCUUCAGGUUCCCAGGCACGAGAUGAGAAGCUCGGUCCAUCCGGACACUCAACCUCUUCCCAAGAUGGGCCGAGCUCAGUUAUCCACGAAGACGUGAGGCACCACUUCUUCAAAAAUGGUCGACUGGGUUCGGACUACCGGAAGGCCUCCACUAUAUUUAUGAUGAGGCUUUUCAACGACCUUCUGAACGGGCUUCCCGUCGAUGUGAGAAAGGAAACUAAACCCGAGAGUUUGGAAGGAGGAGCUGAGGAAGUAGUGAACUUAAAGGUGACUGACACCAUUCGGAGUUUUUCCGCUGGAGAUGUUCAGCUGAAUGAACAGAAAAGAUCCUUCGUCACCUACUUCGUGCCAUUCCUGCCCCUCAACGAGCGCCUUCGAUCAGCAGAGGUCCGAUUCUUACGUCAUCCAUCCGCUCACAGGCGGAAGAAACAAUUUAAGCUGAUAGUGAACGUGCUGCGCAAUGGACAGCGAGUGGAGAAGGUCGUGCUUAAAGAGCUGGCGGUCACCCAGCGAGAUUUUGACGUGUUUAACAUCAGCAAGGUUUUAGAUUCGUGGAUAAACAAGUACCACGGAAAUAUAUCCCUUCAAGUGAAAAUCCCCCGCAAGUUGGAAAACAUGAUCCGUCUCCGUGACAGUUCCCUGAGGUCGACGUCCUUGGUGGCACUGUACUUAGAGGACCGCGAUUUCUUGAAGAACGUGUAUGAGAGCUACACGACAGACGACGAGCACAACCGGCAGCGAUGUCGCAGAGACAUCGACAUAGGCCUCAACGAAACCAGCGCUCGUAGAAAGCGAAACUCGAAACGAAGGCGCAACCUGAGAAACCGGGGAAAGAACAGAAGAUGGUACCGUCUACCCAAGCACGCCAAGUGUCAGAUGUUCGACUUCAAAGUUGACUUUGACUUCAUCGGCUGGGGUCAGUGGAUCAUUCAUCCAAAGCACUUCAAUGCGAAGUUCUGCUAUGGAGAAUGCCCUUCACCGGUGGACGCCAAAUACAAGCCCACCAACCACGCCAUGCUGCAGACGCUGAUGCGGCAGAAAAAGCCGCGCUUGGCACCUCCCACGUGCUGCGUGCCCAUAAAACUUAAACCGCUAAGCAUGCUGUACUUUGAGUAUGAUGAAAUAGUUGUCCGUCAUCACGAAAAUAUGAUUGUCGAUGAGUGUGGGUGCAGAUGACAGGCAUAGACUGAAACAAGACAGUGAAAAGUUCCAGAUGUUGAUGUGGUUGCCUUAUUUCAAGGCAUACAACCGAAGUAAGCAUAAAAAUUACUCAGGCGUAGCUGUAGAGGCGGGCAGUUUUCUUUUUUUUGAAAAUACGAGAUGUGUACCCGUCAUAUGGUAGCUGAAGAUAUUGAAAAUCGUAACUGACUGGUUUUUUAUUCGUGUCCACUUGCAGGACAAGGGAAACGAUUCACACCUGAACGCAACUUUAUUUACACUUUCUUUCCUUCGCUUCCGCCCUUCCCAAUUCUCUCACAUCUCCCACAUAUCCACUAUUCGGUCUUAUUUCCGCUGUCCCUGAAAUUGUCUGGCCACAAGUUUUGUUUUCUCUAAGGACCCUAUCUGACCUUCCUACCCUUCCCCCCACACACCACCACCACUACCUUACAAGCGACUGCUGAUUGGCCAGCACACGUGACUUGUCAUUGGCUGAUGGAUGCACUGAUGAAAUUCACUGUAUGUAGAUACAUAAAACACUGCCAGAAUAUUUACAGAAGCUGGUAACACAGGGUUGGAGUAGCUCUGGAUCAGAUGUACACAAAAACAGGGACGAAAAAACACUCCUGUAAAAAAUGUCUGUGCGUUUCAUUAUUUUUGAAGAAUGCAGUUCUUAAAACGUAAAGCGCUAAAUCAUAAGAAAAGUAUAUUCUUAGCUAAUUUAAUAACUCUUUCUUGCUCUCUCACAUUU